AGCGCUGUCAGUUGCCACUCGGACCUUGUUCCUUGAGGCACCGUGCACUUCCGGCCAGCUCAUACGUCCUGCAUCAUCAGAGUUGACAGCUAGCUCCUUAACUUUACUACAAGUUUGUUUUUUUGAGUAAAGCCGACAGUUUACACCGCCGACAUAUUUCACCACCAAAAUGGUAACACUUACAAUGAUCGCUCGGGUGGAGGACGGCCUGCCGCUCGCUGCGUCCAUGCAGGAAGAUGAGCAGUCAGGAAGAGACCUCCAGCAGUACCAGAAUCAAGCCAAACAGCUCUUUCGUAAACUCAACGCCCAGAGUCCGAGCCGCUGUACCCUGGAGGCCGGGGACAUGGCCUUCCACUAUUUGAUCGAGCAAGGUGUGUGCUACCUGGCUCUGUGUGAGGCCUCGUUUCCCAAGAAGACAGUUUUCGCGUACCUCGAAGACCUCCAAACUGAGUUCCACGACCAGUAUGGAAGGAGAGUCCCCACAGUAUCGAGGCCGUACUCUUUCAUCGAGUUCGACACAUACAUUCAGAAGACAAAGAAGUCAUACAUCGACAGCAGAGCCAGGAGGAACCUAGGCAGCAUUAACACAGAGCUUCACGAUGUCCAGAGGAUCAUGGUGGCCAACAUUGAGGAGGUUCUGCAACGUGGAGAAGCGCUUUCUGCUCUAGACACAAAAGCCAGCAAUCUGUCCAGCCUGUCAAAGAAGUACCGCAGCGAUGCCAAAUACCUCAACACCCGCUCCACCUAUGCCAAGGUGGCUGCCGGGGCGGUUUUCUUCAUCACACUCAUCGUCUAUGUGCGUUUCUGGUGGCUUUGAUGGACUCUUUGAUGGAAAAUGGACUCUGCACGAGGAGGAAAUUUGUCUGUUUACCCUUUAAAUCCAAGCAUCUAAACAGUUCCUGUUACAUUUCAGUUACACACCAAAACUGCAGCACACAAAGGGUGCCUUAAGGGGGUUGUAAACCGUUUUCCAUUUUAUAGGGUAAAGUUUGUUGCGAUGCUUUGUCUAGCAGUCAGUUAAAUAUAUACUGUAUGUUAUACUGAGCCAUAGGUUUAUAUGACUGGCCAAUGGGUAUGUAUGAAAG